AUGGCCGUCCACAUGGUACUUGUGGCGAUAAUCGGCACCACUGCGAAUUUAUGCGUGUUUCUCGCUCUUUCCAUGGGCCAUAAGGUGUCCAACAACCUUUUGCUGCUGAACUUGUGCGUCGCUGACAGUAUGGUGUGCAUAAUUAGCGGACCGUUAACAGUGCUGUCUUGGGAGUGGCCGAUGCUAUCGUCGUACACCAUCGUCAAUGCUAUACAGUACAUACCGGUGGCGGCCAGCACUCUGAGCCUGAUGACGCAGUCGAUCGACCGUUAUACGUCCAUCAAACACCCACGGCACAACAGGUUGCAUCGGGACAAACACGUAGCGUAUCUGGUGUCCGGAGUGGCAGCCGCGUGGACGGUGGCCGUGGUCGUCUCGGUGCCGCGGUAUGCGUGGCCGGUCCGCCGGAUAAUCGUGGACAUGCAGUGGACGCGGUACUACGAGGCCUGCUACUUGGCCGUCGUGUUUGCCAUUCCGUGGGCCGCUGUAGCGUUCAGCCAGCGGGCUGUCAGCAGGACGUUGUACAUCACGUCACUCAAGGCGGCCGCGGCCCGUGGUCAAUUGCCGUUGCCCAUGCCCUUAAUGACAGCCCAAUCCAAGCAAGUGAUCCUGGUGGCAUCUAUACAGAAGAAUACAACUGUUCAAUCCAAGGUGACAAAUGAUGUUGUGAUACAACAGCAACAGCCACAUUCAUCCCAUCAGCAAACUCAACAAGAACAACAGCGGCAGCUGCAAGCACAACAGCAACAGCAGCAGAAGCAGCGUCCCACGCCGAGCGCACGAAGUCGGCGACGGUUGGCCAAAGUGUUGGUGGCACUGGCCGGCGUGUUCGUCGCCUGUUGGUUACCAUACGCCGCAGCUCUACUCUACACCAAUUGGUUUUUUUCAUCAUCACAAGACGGCGAUGUCGACGAAGGCGGCAACAGGCACGCAGUCCACCGAUUGGCCACCGUGGCCGCUAUGCUUCUGGGCCACGCCCACUCAGCCGUCAACCCUGUGGUGUACUGGUGGCUGAACCGGCACACGUUACGCGCCUGUCCGUGGUGCUGGUCCUCGGGCGAUCAGUUUGACAACGAUGACGACGACGACGAUGCCGGGUUCGGAUGUGGAGCGUUGGGUUGCGUCGUCGGCGGGGCCGUCAUGGCCUUCGGAUGCGGCAGGGGUGACGGCAGUUGCGGCGACAGCGGUGCCAUCGAUUGCGGCGGCGGCACCGGUUGUCGGCAGUCACAGAACCACACGCCUACACGGCUCAACCGGUUGCUGUUCCACCGACAGCCCAACAACCACCAGCGCAGUCGCCAACCGUCGUCCACCAACGAGGCGGCGCUGGGGCCGUUCAACCCGCGGUUCGCCACUCCGAAGAAGCGACCACAACAGUUGCCCGUCGUCAAGAACCCUGUCAUGCUGUAUUACGCGUGA